AAAUAGCGCUUCUUUUUCCUUCUCUUAAAUACUAACUUCCGUUGUUUGCGAUCACCGUUGGAUAUUUCCCAAAUUGGGAGCUGCAAUUGUUUCUUUUUUCUUCUUUCAAUUCUUACCUUUUCAGGUCCCCCAAAUUUUGUACGAAUAUUUUCGUCGCCUUCUUUGGUGUGAGUAAUCGACCGAUCUCUCUCUCGUUGUCAGGCGUUUGAAUUAAGUGAAGAAUUUGAGCUCUGAUGCUGUUGUGGAUUCGAGAAACUGUGUUGUUGUAGUUGCUCUGAAAUUUAAUUGAAGGGAAAUGGAGGAAGGGAGGUCCACGGCAGCUGCAAUCGAAGCUGAUUCAGUGUCAUUCAGACAACGCCGCUCCAAUUUCAUAUACCAGUUUACUCAGCAAAGUCUACCAGCUUGUAAACCUGUCCUAUCACCUGCGUGGGUGGUUUCGGUAUUUUUUGUUGUCGGUGUGAUAUUUAUCCCAGUUGGGAUUGUCUGUCUUCAUGCUUCACGAAGUGUUGUUGAAGUUGUCUAUAGAUAUGAUGUUGAAUGCGUCCCAGCAUCAUUCAGAGGCAACAAGCUGGCAUACAUUACAAAUGAGUUCAUUCCCAAAAAUUGCACCAAAGAACUGAAGAUUCCCAGGAAUAUGAAGGCUCCAAUAUAUGUCUACUACCAGCUUGAUAACUACUACCAGAACCAUAGACGGUAUGUUAAGAACCGAAGUGAGCGGCAGCUCUUGCAUGGAUUGAAGUACCAUGAUAUAGGUUCAUGCGCACCAGAGGAUGUUAUCAAUGGUCUCCCAGUUGUCCCUUGCGGUCUGGUUGCUUGGAGUAUGUUUAAUGACACAUUCUCUUUCUUCCGAGCAGUAGAGGAAUUAAAUGUCAACAGGAAAAACAUCGCAUGGAAGAGUGAUCGAGAUCAUAAAUUUGGAAAGCAUGUUUUUCCCUUCAAUUUUCAGAAUGGAAGUCUAAUUGGUGGUGCAAGACUUGACCCCAAUAUUCCUCUAAGUGAUCAAGAGGAUCUUAUCGUAUGGAUGCGUACUUCUGCUCUCCCUUCUUUCCGGAAGUUGUAUGGAAGAAUCGAAGAGGAUUUAGAUGCUGAUGAGAUAAUCUCAGUCAAACUUCUAAACAACUACAAUACGUACAGUUUCAGUGGCAGCAAGAAGAUUGUUCUCUCAACGUCAAGUUGGUUAGGAGGCCAUAAUAAUUUCCUGGGGAUAGCCUACCUUUCUAUUGGCUCGUCUUUUAUAUUUGUUGCCUUUCUCUUCCUGUUGCUUCAUAUACAAAAUCCAAGAUCAUACGUUGAUACGAGUAAUAUAUCAUGGAAUUGGAAGCACGUAUCUGAUUGAAGGUAUUGAUUGAUGCAAGAUGACAGGAAGGGCGUCGGGCACACCUUCUUGCCGGAAGCAUCCAUCUUCUCCAGUCCUUCCUCGGCUAUUGUUUCGAGCUUCGGCGCGUUCGACGCCUUCUGAGGGAAGAUUACUGGUGCUGGUGCAACCUCAACCCAGUUCUCAUACCUCAUUUGCUUUCUCAUUUUUGUUAUGCAGCACCAAGAAAUUCUAGAGAGAGGAGGGAUUCUAGUAGGGGGUGUGAUGAUGGUAGAGUGGUUUUUCUUGUAUUUAUGUAGGUAGAGAGAGAGGAGAGAGAGAAUCGAUGUUGUGAACAUGAAGUUGUUGAAACUAUUUUGCAUAUAUGUUGACGAAAACCCUUGGAGGACCGUGAAUAGUGGAAAUCAAUAGCAGAAUAAAAUGCCAGGUGUUUGGUUUUCUUGA